AUGGAAGUCCUUGCAUCAGCUCAAAUUCAGCGUUUGAUCGUCACCGAGAAACCAAUCGACACUGCCCAGUACAAGCAUCCCCGAAAUUCCAAGACCAGCACGAAGGUGGCUGUGACCCGCAAGCUGCUCGAAAAAAUGCCCCACUCAGACACCUUUGCAUGGAACAAGCUUAUCCAAACCCAUAUCGCCAAUGCCCAUUUCGACAACGCCCUCUCCACAUACCACCAAAUGCUACUCCGCGGUGUUCGGCCCGAUAGACACACUCUCCCCCGGAUCUUAUCGGCCUCCCGCCUUUCCGCUGAUCUCCCUCUCGGCAAACAGCUCCAUGGCCACGCUAUCAAGCUGGGCUGCUCCGAUGACCGUUACGUGGUUGCUGCUCUCAUCGAACUGUACGGCCGUCUCCACAGCGUUGACGCCGCAAAAGGGCUAAUCGACAAGUCCCCUGUCAAGGACUCUGUUUCUUGGACUAUGCUGGCCAGGUUGUACAUCAUGGAAGGUAAGCCCAGCAUGGCGCUUCAUGUGUUUGAUGGAAUGGUUGAAUCUGGAGCUCAGAUAGAUCCUGUGGCGCUGGCAACAGCUGCUGGUGCCUGUGGCAUGUUAAAAUCGGUGAUUGAUGGGAAAAAGGUCCACCGGGUUGCCAAGGAACGUGGAUUGGAGUUUGAUGUGUUGGUGAGCAAUACCCUCUUGAAAAUGUACAUGGAUUGUGGCUGUGUUGAUGAUGCUCGGUCAGUUUUCGAUCAAAUGCCUUCGAAAGAUGUCAUUUCCUGGACAGGAAUGAUUCAUGCCAACGUGAAGAGAGGAAGCUUCAAUGAGGGUCUUAAAUUGUUUAGGCAGAUGAUUGCGGAUGGAGUGAAGCCGGAUUCUCUCUCAGUAUCUAGCGUUCUCCCAGCAUGUGCAAGAAUGUCUGCAAGUAAACAAGGAAAAGAAAUUCAUGGAUACUUGAUUCGAAAUGGUAUCCGUAUGAAUCUCACUGUCUUCAAUGCUCUGAUGGACAUGUAUGUCAAGUCAGGAUUUAUCGAAUCUGCUUCGAAAAUAUUUGCCCGGUUGAAGCACAAAGAUGUUGUUUCAUGGACCGUGAUGAUAUUGGGGUACAGCUUACAUGGACAAGGGCAGCUCGGAGUCGAUUUGUUCCGCCAAAUGGAGGACUCAAGCAUACAGAUAGAUGAAAUCACGUAUGCUGCUGUCCUUCGUGCUUGUGUUGCUGCGCUCAUGGUUGAGGAAGGGAAGUUUUACUUCAACUGCAUCAAGACGCCUGCAGUUGCACACUCUGUUUUGUUGGUAACUCUUCUAUCUCGUUAUGGGUUGUUUGAUGACGCAAAGAACUUCAUUGCUGACAAAAAGAUUGAAGGAGAUGCCGAGGUGCUGAGAGCACUGCUAGAUGGCUGUAGGAUUCACCAGCAAUCGAAAUUGGGCAAGCGGGUCAUUGAGCAGCUCUGUGAUUUGGAGCCUCUUAAUGCGGAUAAUUAUGUUUUACUCUCCAACUGGUAUGCUCACUAUGCAAAAUGGGACAUGGUGGAGGAACUAAGAGGAACGAUUAUAGAUAUGGGUUUGAAAACUAAAAGAGCUUAUACUUGGAUGGAAUUGAGAAACAGAGUUCAUGUGUUUGGGACGGGGGAUAUUUCUCACCCAAGAUCACAGGGAAUAUACUGGGAGUUGCAGUGUUUGAUGCAGAAAAUGGAAGAUGAAGGACAUAGACGUGAUUCGGAUUUUAGCUUCCAUGAUGUGGAUGAAGAGCGUGAGUGCAUUCCAAUUGGGCACAGUGAAUUGUUGGCCAUUUCUUUUGGUCUCAUCAGUACACAAGCCGGAUCGACGAUACGCGUUACAAAGAAUCUGCGGGUGUGCCGCAACUGCCAUGAUUCUGCAAAAAUUAUAUCCCAGAUGGUAGGACGAGAAAUCAUACUUAAGGACCCAAAUUGUUUCCACCAUUUCAAGGAUGGCUAUUGUUCAUGUGGUGAUUUUUGGUGA